UAUAUAUAAUUAGACCAUUGCUGUGUUGUUGGCGAUGGUGAACUAUAUAUAGUGGGUUAGGGCAUCGGGUGGUGUGAUAAAGAUAAGACUUACUGCAAACCCUCGAUCUCACCGACAGUUUUCUUUUUUUUUUAAGGCGUCGGGACCAAAGGUCGACGUGACUCUUAUCUUUCCCCUGCGUUGAAGGGGUGAUCAGUGUGGGGUUCAGUCCCGAAAGAUGCAGACGGCAGGCAGACGACAGAGAGUGGGUGUGCUGGGAGCCGGCAUCAUUGGCCUGUCCACAGCUGUUCACAUUUUGGAGAAGACACAAGCAGAGUACGGACAAGGUGCCUCCGCCGUGGAGGUCACCAUCAUAGCCGAUCGCUUUUCCCCUCACACGACGUCGGAUGGAUCGGGAGGCUUUUGGGAGCCGUACCAGCUUUGCGACACACCUGUGGAGAAAAUCAGGAAAUGGAGUGAAGUGACAUGGCUUCAUAUGCUAGAGCUAAGUACUUCUCCAGUAGCCAAAGAGGUUGCAACACAGUUGGUGUCAGGAUAUACACUGUACACUGAUGGUCUUCCGGAGCAUCCAUUUUGGAAGGACACUGUACUUGGAUUUAGAGAUCUGACUCCAGAAGAACUCAAACUAUUUCCCUUUGCCAGAUGGGGAUUUUUUAAUACAACUGUUCAGAUGGAUGUGAAAUACUACAUGAACUGGCUCAUGCGAAGGUUCAAGGAAAGAGGUGGAAAGGUGGAAUUCCGAACAAUCAAGUGUUUGGAUGAGGUUAAAGAUCAAUUUGAUGUUAUCGUGAACUGCUUUGGGGUCAGGGCAGGCCAACUGGUGAAUGACUCAAAAGUCAUGCCAUUGAGGGGACAGCUGUAUAGAGUUAAGGCACCAUGGAUAAAGCAUUUUUAUUUUGUAUUUUCCAAGGAAAAACCUGCAACACAUAUUUUUCCAUUAGGCGAUUUGGUGGUGGUUGGUGGUGUGGUACAGGAGGGAAACUGGAAUGAGAAUGUUGACAGAGCAGACAGUCAGGACAUCUGGAAUCGUGUGACAGAAUUCUUCCCCUUUAUUCAGAAUGCCGACGUGGUAAACCAGUGGGCUGGACUUCGUCCUGGCCGAACAGAGGUUCGGCUGGAAGCAGAAGUUAUUGCUGCAUCUGAUGGAAAACAGAUCCCUGUGAUACACAACUAUGGACAUGGAGGAUCUGGUGUCACUCUACACUGGGGAUGUGCAGAGGAUGCUUCUGCCUUAGUGCUCAAACAUCUGAAGCCCUUGCAGACAGCAUCAAGCAAACUGUAAUGGAACUAAGUGAAUCUGUUCGAACUGCUGACUGCCAGUCAUGUAGAUAAAGAAAACCUAUACCAUUCCAGAAUCACAUUGUUAUCUCUCAUAUCUAGCUCAGAUAAGCUGUUUUUAUUCAAUUAACAUGCAAACAUUCUGACCUUAAAGUGAUGAGAUGAUUUGGCUGGUCACACAUUAUGAAGAUGAAAUAUCUAGAAGACCAUUUCAUGAGAACUAAAUUGGAGACCUGGGGUUUAUGGAUAUCAGUCCUUUACAUAUUUUAGUUGGGAUAUUUGAUUUGUUAUUUUCUUAGUUCAACAGGAAUUAGGAUCAUAUCAUAUAAUUUUGUAUUUGGAUUUUUUUCACAUCAGCACUACUACAAUGAGAAACAAUUUCUUUUUGUGUCUUUGCUAAAUAUGAAUAAAGAAGUGAACUUUCAAAUAUGAACAUGGCA